AUGGCGGUUGGGUGGCGGGACGUGGCCGGGGUGCGCAUCGCCCCGGCCGAACUGCGCUUCAGGGACGCGGUACCGGGGGGCCGCUACCGCGCCGCGCUCAGCGUCCAGAACCUGCGGGUGGAGAGCUGUCGCCUCCAGCUGCUGCCACCGCGCCGGCCCCAGUUUAAAUUGAUUGUGGAAAAUCCAGAAAAACCUGUUGCAUCUGGACUUCAGGUUACAGCUUUUGUGGAAUAUUAUCCUGAGAGUGAAGAAGACCUUCAAGAUAGACUACUUGUUUUAAUAGAAGAUGACAUAGUUGAUAUCCCCCUGCUUGGAUUAUUUCCGUGCUGUUAUCUGGAAAUUGAGUCAGAGAUCAACUUUGGUGCAGUGAUUGCAAACAGUAAAAUAAUUAGUAAAGAAAUAAGUAUUGCUAACCAUGGAUCAUCUUCAGGUACAUUUAAAAUAUCAUAUGAUGGGGUUGUCCUGCUUAACAUAGAACCUACCAGUGGAGUGGUAGAGCCGAAAUCUAUAAAGAUGUUUAAAGUGGAUAUCUGCACAGAUGUACCCAGAAUCAUCAAAGAAGUGAUAAAAGUGGAGUUGGAAGGUCUUGGCUGCACUGAAGUAUGGAUCAAAGCUGUUGUGGUUGAACAAGUUCUUAAAGUUCUAGGAGUGUCCUGUGGAAAUAUAUUGGAAUGCAUUGACUUUGGACCAGUUUACUUUGGGUCUUCAAAGACUGAAAAAAUAUCUUUAUACAAUGAAAGUCCUGAGUGUAUGGACUGGGUAGCCGUACUGGAAGACAAUGCCAUUGGAGGAGAGAUGGGGACGGAUCUUCAGAGGAGUACAGAUGCUGUUUUACAAGACUUAAGCCUCAAAAAUAGAACAAGAGAUGUAGAUGUUUCCACCUUGAUCUUGUGCAUUCCCGAUCAAGGAACCUUGCUACCUUAUGAGAAAUCUUUGGUUACAUUGUGCUUUAGUCCAAAAAAAUUUAAAAGGGACUUUGGAGUGAAUGACUCAUCAUCGAAACAAGAUUAUGUACUGUUUCUGAGAUUUGAAGCUGUUGGGAAUAAAGAUGGCUAUCUGCAGGUCCUUAGUGAUGGUGCUACAGCAAUCACAAUGAAUCAUCCUCAUCACAUGGAGUUAGCUUUGAGAGGUUCUGGGCUUCCUGUCAUGUUAACUUUCAAUCCAGGACCAGUUAUUAAGUUUAUGGAAUGUUUCUUGGGUGAACAAACACAAGUUCUAUGCACACUCAAAAAUGAAUCCGAGUCCCUUCCAGUAACAUUCAGCUUCUGCAAGACUGCUCACUUUAACGUUUCUCCUGAAAAAGGAAAAAUUAAAAAAAAAUCUGCAAAGGAUGUGAUAUUUUCAUUUUCUCCACAUCAGAUAGGAACAUUUAAAGUGAAGCAAGUUAUUGAUAUCAUUGGUACAGGACUAAAGAAAAAUAAUUUACAGGUUUCGAAGACAAAAACCUUUCAUCAAAUAUAUUUGAGCUUUAUUGGUGUGUGCAAAUCUAAACGAAAAAACAUUCUAUUCAAAAUUAAUCCUGGUAUAACACCAAUGAUUUCCAAUGCAACUGGACAGUUUGUAGCUGAUGGCACAGGACAGUGCACUGAUACAGCACCCGUAGCAAUACUUAAAUCAACCCAAACACAAAUUCAUACUCACUGGAUAAACAGGAAUUGUAAGGGUGAUGCACUUAUAGCUUUUCCUAAUGACCGUGCAGCCAGCAUUAGGCCUAGUGAAUGGAAUAAAAAGUACAGGACUAUUUUCACAAAGACUGAGAGAUAUAAUUAUAUAGAUCCAGAGUUUUCUUAUACUGACUGUGAACGACUGUCAAAAGAAGCACAUAAGGAAUACUACGCCAACUUUAUUUCUAGUUUAAGACAGCGUCGUUUACAGAAAGAUGCCGCUAGGCAGCUUUAUAUUUAUAAUAAUUCUGUGAGCAUAGGCCUUAAACCGGCUGCAGGGCUUAUGUCGCCAAAGAUCUCGAUCACAGAUUUUCACGAGGAGAAGCUACAGUUGAAAAUGCUUCCUUUAGAUGAGAAUUGCUUAUUAACUAGUCGAAAAUUGGCAGCAAAUGGUUCUGAAUCCUCAGUCAAAGAAAUUUGGAGUGGGCUUAGUGCUAUCCCAUCUUCUACCCAAGAGAAGGAAGACUGUAGUCUAACUUUGACAUCCAAGCAGCUUCAUCAAAUACUCAUUGGUCCUUCUACUAUGGAUUUUGGUGAUGUUUGUGUGUAUUCUACAACAGCCAGAAAACUGCACAUCAUCAAUAACUUGUUAGUUCAUAUAUGGAUAAAAAUUGAGAUUGAAAUUGAUGAAUUACAGCAGACGAGUCCAUUGUCUCAGGUGGUGCCUCCUCUUACAAAGACUCACAUUCCAAUUGUAUUCGAGACAAACACGCUUGGAAUGUUUAAAAGAUCUUUCACUUACACAAUAAACAACCAACACCUUGGACAUGUGCUGGUAGUUGCAAAAGCAGUGUCUGUUGAACUUGAGCUGUCUGCAAGAGAACUGAUUUUAAAUCCUAUUCCUGGCUACCUAGCAGAGACAGAAUUUAGAACAACUGUCAGGGUAUACAAUCCCAGAAACCAUCCUGCUGAGUUUACUUGGAAACCUAUAAUUACAGAUAGAGGGACUGCAUUUUCUAUACAGCCAGCCAAAGGCUUUGUGGAGGCCUAUAGAGAUCUGGAGUGUGAAGUUGUUUGGCAUCCAGGGUUCAACUCUCCAGAAACAGGAGAAUUCAACUUGUGUGUGCAUAAAGGAAACGCAAUUAAGUUGAAAUGUUUUGCAAAGCUUGGUACUACUAAAGUUCAGUUUAUGGAACAAAGGAUACCCUUCAGUCAUAGUCCAAUGGGUUUAUCUACUUUUAAGACAGCCAUUCUUCAAAACAUAGGAUACAACCAUGCAUACUUCCAAGUUCUUGAUACAAACCCACUGCCUGGAAUGAUGAUCACCCCUUCUGAAGGGGUGGUACCUGUGGGAGGCCAUGCUGAUCUCAAAAUCUGUUUCACUCCGAAUGCAAAAAUGAGUUUUGAUACAAGAGUGGAGGUAGCAGUGCGAAAUUCAGGAGUACUAGUGCUUAGGAUUGCUGGAUUUGUAGAGAUCCCUGAAAUAAACAUUGAUGUGGAACUAUUUGACUUUGGUGGUGUUUAUGUUGGUUCUACAAAAUCAAUUCCCUUUUUGCUGAAGAACAAAGGACAAGCGUGUACCAGAGUGGAGUUUGAUUUUUCUAAGUAUAAGGAUUUUACAUUGAAUACUAAUGACCAUUCAGUGUUUGACUGCUGUUCUUCAAAGCCUGAUUUGUAUUCGGUUAAAAUAAAGGGAAAGUCAGCUUUGCAAUGCUUGUUGUCCUUCAUGCCAAAAGAGGUGGCAGCAUAUGACUUCACUCUUCCAGUUAAUACUCCUCCAGCUGACUUCCCAUUGACACAGCCAAGCCCUGUAUCUGCAACUUCUGUUGGAUCUGUAAAGCACAUAGUUGCUCCUCGGCCACAGGCUGUGACUGUUGCUGUUCCAUUCUGUAGAGUUAAAGCAGUUGUACUUAAAUCACCAUUGGAGUUCUCCUCAAUGGAACUUAAAUUUGCACAACAUUCAAGUGGCAUAUAUUUCAAUAUUGCUGAUGAAAGUCUGAAUUCUCAGAAGCUUGAACUGAAGAAUAUCUCAAGGCAGCAGUUGACAUGGAAAUUGAAUUGUGAUGAUGCAGGCAAAACCACAGAAGACGGUAUUUUUAAAUUUAGUCUGCAGACUGGAUUCCUUGAUCCAGGACAAAAAAUCAGUAUUGCUGUAUUCUUCUGCCCUUCUUGUCCUGGGACUUACGCAUCUGAAAUAUCAGUGUAUCUAAAUGAUAAUCCAUCACAUUACAAAAUAACAUUGUCUGGCACUGUGAAGUCACCAAAAAUAAGUUUUGAUCCCCCCUUUUUACUGCUGAUGCCAGUUCCUCUGGAUGUGAAAACUGAAACAGCCAUCAAUGUCAUUCCACAAGAUUAUUUAAGGCAAUCACAAAUUCAAGUUGAACUUCCAGAGCUUGAACUUGAAGAUGGUGACAGGAUUUACCCUUUUUCUGUACAGUUCCCAGAAGGACAAGAUAUUGUUCUUUCAUCAGAUGGCACAAAUAAGGAACUCAUUUGUCAUAUCAGCUUCAGAUCAUCUAGGCCAGUGUCAUUUUUAGGGAAUAUGUUCUUCAUCGAUGAAGAAGAAAACAGGUUCUCAAUUCAAGUUGCUGCAACAGCAGAGAAUUGCCUUCUUACUUUAUACCCGUAUUUGGCGUUUCACCGCUCUGAUCAACAAAUUAUUUUGAGAAGCAACAGUAAAGACUGCAGUAGUGGAGAAGUUGUUCUGCAUCCAUGUUAUACUCCACAAUCACUUUCCCAUAGUAUUUCCUCAAGUUCCUUUGGUGCAACCACUGACUCAACCUAUGAAGAUUCUCAGUCAGAGUCGGAUACUACUUUUGAAAGUGAGAAUGAUGAAAAGAUGAGUGAAGAGAGUGAAGCUAACAGUCAAAGUGAUGGGAGAGAAAAUAAAUUUGAGUUAUCAAUUUUUCCCGAUGAAGAUAAAGAGGAGUACAUCUUCUUUCAGAGAACCCUAACUGCUGUUAAGAAUUGGUUCACUCUCUUUGGUUGGUCUAAAGGACAAAAUCCUAUUUCCAUACCAUAUUCACUGAGACGUGAUGUGUGUAAAGUCCAGAUGUUCUCUUCACAAGAAAAGGGUUUUAAAGAAAACCUUGGCAAAGAUACUAAGACUGUUUAUGACAUGUUAUUCCAUCUGAGUGGACAGUUGUUACCAGGCAUUACAUCGAGCCAGUCAUUGCCCCUUGAUCCAGUUGAACGAAUGUUACAGCUCCACUGGCAGCAUUCUACACUGCUUGCUUUCCUUAAAAGCCAAGGAGCAUGUCUUCCUCAUGUUAUGCCAGAAUUUCUGCUUGAACCUGAUGAUUAUAAGAAAUGGAUUGAAGUGCAAACUGUACUGAAGGGUCACACGGCUGAGUUGAAAAAAGGAGAUGUGAAAAACUCAGAUUUAUUCAGUGACAAGCAUCUGUUCAUUCUGGAGGACAGCAUAUUUGAGGCAAUGAGCAAACGAGCUUGGACAGAUGUGCUACUGCAGGUAUACAAGGUGUUUGUUCUUCCACGUGUUUCUUCACUUAAUAUCACUGAUCUGUUCAGCUUGGAAAGCGUGCAGAACAUGCCAAGAAUAAAAUCAGAACCUUUAUCCAGUAAUAUAUAUUCUCCAUAUGAAAGAACUAUCCUCACCUGGUUGAAUAAACAUUACGAGAAGAAUCGAAAAACUGUGUGGAAAGAUUGUCAAAAAGGUGAAGUACCACCAGUGAGAUGGAUAGUAAAUUUUGACCGAGAUCUUCUAGAUGGGCUGGUAUUGGCAGCACAGCUGGCAGCUUAUUGUCCAUAUUUGAUUGCUACUCACUUUGUAAGGAUGUAUACUAAUCCAAGAACUCCUGAACAGUUUCUGCACAACUGUUUGAUACUUGUGAAUGCUAUGCAUGCUGUCAGUCUGGCUAUAGACAUAAAGGCCACUGACAUCUGUGAUCCAAACCCAGUUAUGAUGCUUAUUCUGUGUGUCUACCUAUAUGAAAGCCUCUCUCACUACUUACCCAAGAAGACUAUAGAAUUUACAGGUGCUCUUCAUGCAACAGUUGUUAAACAGGUGCGUCUGAAAAACCCAAGCAGUAAAACUUUGAUAUACAACGCUAUUCUUGUAGGAAGAGAUGCUGAUGAUUUCUCAUUACCUAAAGGAAAGACUGUCACCAUUGCCCCCAAGAGACAAACAAGUAUACAUGUGGAAUUCACUAGUCGUUUUCUGCGCCCUGCUGAAGCAGUGUUGCUGCUGAUUGCAAAGAGUGUGGGUGGAAUCAAUGGUGCCACACUGACAUUCUCUCUGAAAUCUGAAGUCAAGCAUAUUGAGCCUGCUGAUAUAUUAAAAUGCAAAUCACCAUGUUAUGAGCUGAAGAAAGUUAUCCUAAAUGUUACUAAUCCCUUCAGAAAUGAUGGCAUAUUCAGGGUAAUUUUGCUAGAAUCCACAAGUUACUUAAUGCAGCCAGAGCAAGUAUAUCAAGCCAGGCAAGUAAAGCAAGAGCAAACAUUCAGUUCUGAAAAUAACAUAUUAAAUUGUAAAAAUGGUGCACUGCCUGAAGAUCCAAAUGAAGAGAAAAAUUUAAAUUACUCUGACCAAUCCAGCCUCCUGCAAGAGUUCUUCAGUCCAAUGGAAAAACUGUUCUUGGGAGGGAGAAGUUCUGCAGGCUUAGAUAUUCACUUUCUUCCCUUUAAUCUGGAAAAACGUUACUGCACUGUCAUUCUGGUUAAUGAACUGAUUGGAGAAUUUGUAUACCUGAUAGAGGGAAUAGGUGAUAUACCUUUGCCUUCAGGAUUGCUUCCAAUGCAUAGUCCAAAUGUUUUGCAUGUUAGCAGUACAUUAGAAGGUCCGAGUGCAGUAGAGCCAGUUUUAUAUUUGAAAUGUGGUUUUGGUCAGAUUCUUGAAGAAAAUCUGAGGAUUCCAUUGAUCAAUGAGUCAAGAGAGAGGGCUCUUGUCAUUGCUGCACAACAGCAGAUGUCAACUAUUGAAUAUGAAAGAAGAAAGAUCACAGGGACUCUGCAGAGCAGUAGUGUUCGAGUUGCAACUGCAUUGUUAGGACUGUCCAGAGUAGAGAGACAUGCACUCCCGAAACCUCGUAAAUUCCCCUCAGAGCUGAAGUAUGUGGAUUACAGUGUUGAAGUGAGCAUGCAAGAAUUCUUUGAGGUUCCUGAGAAGUUCUCUAUUCCAGUGUUGGCAUCAAGCAGAGUUAAUUUGGAAGUUCCAUCAGCAAAAGACCUUUCACCUCAGCAAAUGGAUAGAAGUGAUGCAGUUGAGCUUCCUAUAAAAUUCAUUCCUCGAUAUGCCGGUUGCUACCACUGUCAGAUUCUUCUGAAGUCCUCCCGCGAUGUUCGUGUCUAUGAGAUUGAAUGUGUAGUGAAUACAGACCAUGCUGAAGCAGAGCUUGAAUUUCUAACUCCGGCUUACCAGGCAGUGAUUCAGGAUAUUCCAAUAAGUAACAUGUCCAGCCAGGACUGGAAACUUGAAGCAAUUUUGGAAGGAAAGGGUUUUUAUGGCCCUCCUCAAAUAAAUGUCGGUCUAGGUGAAAGAGCUCUGUAUCCUCUCAUGUUCAAGCCUAUUGCUGAGGGCAUAACAAUGGGAAGGCUUAUUCUGCGAAAUGAUACAGCUGGCACUGAAAACAUCUUUAGCCUUAAGGGAAUAGGGAAGAAACCUCUGGCACAGGAUCAUAUUGUGAUAGAUUGCCAAGUGAGAAAGGUCACUCGAAAAAUUUUAUGGGUGCCCAAUUAUACCAAGAACAAGUUAACGUACAAGGUAUCUUCAGAUCUUUCAAUGGUGGGUGGCGCACCUGUUAUUACUGUAGAACCAGAUGACACAGUUGCUUACACUUUGAGUGUGUCUUCGUGGAGACGAGGAAUCUUUCAAGGUAUAAUUUCAUUUGUUGCUGAAGGUGAAGACCAACAGCAGUUUCGACAUAACAGCUCACCAGAGAAGACAGAUGGUGAACAGACCCUUCAGAAAUUGUCAACAGAGACACCACAAAUUGUUGAUGCAGCAAAUACGGGAGGAAGUUCUUCAAAUUGUGAAGUGUGGUUCUCCUUAAAGAUUAACAGCACACCUGCAGCACCAGAAAGAAAGAUAGAUGUGAAAUGCAGAGCUCUGGAUACUAUUGGAAUUCAUAUUCCUAUCACUAAUCCUGCAGAUAAAAUUCUCCAGCUGAGUGUCAUGCUAGAGAAUCAGUCACUUUGUGGACAAAAGGCUUUCACUCUUAGGCCCAAACAAACAUUUUUAUAUCAACUAAAGUUUUCCCCAGCUGUUGUUGGCACUUCAGAUGAAAGUGUCAUAUUCCUGUCAGAUAUGGUUGGAGAGUUUUGGUAUGCACUGAAGUUGAUUGUAGAGAAACCAUUGCCAACUAGUCUACCUGAAAUAGAAUGUGAGCUUGGAAAAUGGGCUCGUCUAUACAUACCUCUCUUUAAUCCUACACAUGAAACUCUGGAGCUAGAAAUUGUUAACAGCAAUCCUAGCAAUUUUUCAACCGAGACUGAUCCAAAACACCCUCUGAUUGUCACUCCUCAUUCCACCAUUGAAGUACCUGUGCAAUUCUGUCCGUCUGCCCUUGGGAGAGGCAACCACAAGGCAACAAUAACCUUCAAAUGUUCACAGCUUAAAGAGUGGAUAUUUUACCUUUCGGGGACCGGUCUUCCUCCUCAGCUGAUGGAACCAACCAGCAUAACUGCAUGCAUUGGCCAGUGUUCUUCUGUCAUCAUAUCCUUCAAAAAUCCAACUCCUGAAAAUGUGGUGGUAGAUGUCGUGCUGACAGAUCAAGAGCAGUACAGUUGUGAUCUCAGGGCAUCUGUCCUAUCCAAGUCCACCAGUAAGGAAUCUGUUUUCCAUCUUCUGCUUAAACAACCACGAGGAACCCGAUUAGCUCCCAAAGAAAAACUGGACAUCCCGGUGCUAUUCAUGCCAGAUACAAUGAAAAUAUGUGAGGCUGUGGUGGUAAUUCAUGUAAUGAGGGAAAAUGGUGAAAACUGGCCUUAUGAGGAUUCUGCUGACUUAAUUAAAGACUUAAAGAGCAGUGUUACUGUAGCAGAGAAUGGGGGAAUUCAGGGAAUAGUCUGGAUCUAUCCGGUUCAUGGAAUACCUGAAGCACCACAGCAGAAAUUAGUUCCAGCUGUGGUAUGCUGUCGAGCCAGGCAGAGAGUAGAAAGAAGAGUAGAAGUGCUGCUGACAGGUGUAGUUCCUGGUGCAAAUGCUAUGCCUGCUGUGAGAAAUUCUGCCAUGGUCAAUACAAAUAAGGCAACCAACAUCCAAGAAGAAGUUCAAGUCACUGAUGGUUUCUCUACAACAGUGGAAUUUCUGUAUGAAUUACAAUAUCAAUCAAAUGAAAUUAAAUCUCAGCUUGGAGCUUUUGUUGGUCUGCAUCUGAUUCAAAGAGAACGGGAUAGAGAAUCCGGAAUCGUAACACUGAUCUUUAAUAUAGUGUUUGCACCUAACAAACCAAUGAGGAAUGAAGCAACUCUCGUAGUACAGUGCGCUACAGGAGGUGUUUGGAAGUUUCCAAUGCUGUUCAUUGCUACAGAGCCAGAAGUGGAUGAUGUCAUCAACAUUGAAGCAGUUGGCCUGAAUAAAGAAUCUAUAGUUGGCUUUAAGCUUACAAGCCAGACAAGGAACCCAGAGCCAUUCACUGCGCGCUUCCUGGCAGGCAGCGAUCCUGAGUUCCUUGUGCUGCCGCAAGCUGGAGAACUUCUUCCAGCAGGCACUGUGGGAACCCAUAUAACAGUGGGAUUCAAGCCAAGGAUGUACGGCAAAAAGCAUACAGCAACACUUGUAAUUCAGACACAAUCGAUGCAGUGGACGUAUGAAAUCAAUGGACUGCCUCCACAGACCGUACCACCUAUAAGCCCAGCAAGAGUCGUUUCUACUAGCACUUACAUAAGAUCAGCCACAGUUCGACAGCGCAAUUUUUUACGUGAAAAUCUGAAACUUACAACCACGGGAGUAUCCUCACCAAUCAAGGGGGCACCUUUGGUCCUGAGGACAAAACAGAGAAAGUUAUGA